CACUUCCUUCAAACACGUGUUUCACUGGGACAAUAGUGAGUGGUGCACACUUCCUUCGCCCGGCCACAGAAGACAAAAAAGAGUUGCUGGUGUAACAAUAGGAAGAAUAUAUUCCACUCCUCUCUUGUACACGCGGCUUAUGAGAUGAACGCUCGUCAAGAAGAACGUCCCCUUCAGCAGCAGGAGGAUCCACAGCCCCCCCACAUUAAAGAGGAAGAGGAGGAAGUGUGGAUGAGUCAGGAGGGAGAGUGUCCUGUAGGGCAGGAGGAGGCUGAUGUCAGCAAGUUUCCACUGACUGUUGUCUCUGUGAAGACUGAAGAGCAUGAAGACAAACCACCUGAGUCCUCACAGCUUCAUCACAGUCCAAACGUCCAGCAGGUGUCAGCAGAGAGUCAUGAAGAGAUUCCCUCCAAGCAGCAGGAGUGGAGCUCCAGUGUGGGACAGAAGGAGCUACAGACCCCCUCCCACAUUAAAGAGGAGCAGCUUCAUGAUGAAGAUGAAGCUCAGUCCUUACAGCUUCAUCACAGUCAAAGUGAGGAGAACAGAGGGGCGGAGCUUGUAAGUCAACACAUCACAGAAGCUGAUGGAGAGCAUUGUGAAGAUAUAAAGUCAGAACCAGACAGCAUCUUUGCUCCACUGUCAGACAUGGACCACAUGAUGUCACACUCUUCUGAUCACAGUGACCACAUUCAAGAACCUUUGGAGAGUAAAAAUAAUUCUAAAGGUGAUACGAGACAUCGCACUAACAACAAACACUUUGACUGCUCUGAUUGUGGGAAAUCAUUUAGACAGAAGAGUCGUUUUACAGUACACAUAAGGAUACAUACUGGAGAGAAACCUUUUACUUGCUCUGUUUGUAAGAAGAGUUUCUCCACAAAGCAACAAAUGACCUCACACAUGAGAACACACACUGGAGAGAAACCUUUUGCUUGCUCUUUUUGUAGGAAGAGUUUCUCCAGAAAGCUUGACGUGACCACACACAUGAGAACACAUACUGGAGAGAAACCUUUUACUUGCUCUGUUUGUAAGAAGAGUUUCUCAAGAAAACAUUUCAUGACCACACACAUGAGAACACAUACUGGAGAGAAACCUUUUACUUGCUCCGUUUGUAGGAAAAGUUUCCCCAUAAAGCAACACAUGACCACACACAUGAGAACACACACUGGAGAGCAACCUUUUGCUUGCCCUGUUUGUAGGAAGAGUUUCUCAAUGAAGCCUGCCUUGACCACACACAUAAGGAUACAUACUGGAGAGAAACCUUUUACUUGCUCUGUUUGUAAGAAGAGUUUCUCCACAAAGCAACAUAUGACCACACACAUGAGAAUACAUACUGGAGAGAAACCUUUUACUUGCUCUGUUUGUAAGAAGAGUUUCUCCAGAAGGCCUGACAUGUCCACACACAUGAGAACACACACUGGAGAGAAACCAUUUAGUUGCACUGUGUGUAAUAAGAUGUUCCGGUAUAAGUAUCAGGUCAGUAAACACAAGUGUGUAACAGUCAUGGAAGCUGCAGGGAUUUAAAAACACUUAAACAGUGAUUGUGCUAAAUGUACUUUAAAAACACAGCAUGUUUAAUAUGAAUGUAUAUUUGAUGUUGUAUGUAGUGCCUCUCAUCUUCUACUGUUAAAUUUAAAGGCCUACUGAAAGCCACUACUACCGACCACGCAGUCUGAUAGUUUAUAAAUCAAUGAUAAAUGAUAAAUGGGUUGUACUUGUAUAGCGCUUUUCUACCUUCAAGGUACUCAAAGCACUUUGACACUACUUCCACAUUUACCCAUUCACACACACAUUCACACACUGAUGGAGGGAGCUGCCAUGCAAGGCGCCAACCAGCACCCAUCGGGAGCAAGGGUGAAGUGUCUUGCUCAGGACACAACGGACGUGACAAGGUUGGUACUAGGUGGGAAUUGAACCAGGGACCCUCGGGUUGCGCACGGCCACUCUUCCACUGCGCCACGCCGAUGAAAUAUUAACAUUGCAACA